UCAACUUUUUAUUAGGCAGAUUAAUGAUGUGGUAGCCCAGAGAAAAUUAUCCAUUUAAAGAAGUGAAAGAUUUUUAUGGUGCUGUCAUAAAGCUCUUUUGGCCAUUAGUGACAAAAAAACCCAAAAUAGUUCUAGUGAAAAAGAAUUUUCUUGUUCAUAUAUCUGGAAAGUCUGAGGACAUCUAACUCCAGGUAUUCCUGGAAAAAGGAAUUACAACAAAGUUGUUGUACUUUUCAGUCCCUAGGCUUUGCUGGUCUCUGUUUCUCUCGUCCGAUCCUCAUUCUCUUCUAUCUUCCAUCAUCUUCCUUAUGUGGCUGGAGUAUACAGCUCCAGAUUUUCUUCUUUCCAACACCAUACUCCCCAAGUCAGAUCCUCUUCCCCAGCUGCUCUGCAGGAAAAUCCCAAGGAUGACUAGCAAUGAUGCGAGGGCCCCCUAUCGGAAGGAAUCACUGCAGUUAAGCAAAUGGGGCCAUCUGAUUGGUCAGGAUGAGGUCACACACCCAAUCCUGAGCACUACCAUGAUACACUGUCAGAUAGCAUUGCAAUGGACAGUUCUGGGAACGUGUAGGGAAAACAAUACAUUGUCUACCUCACCUCAGAGCUCUGACCCCAAGAUCUCCCUGGGAGGUGCCCUUAGAGAUAGUUCUGGGGUCCCAGCUUUCCUGACAGGUUUGGGAGUUGCCUGUGCAAUAUAAUGAAUGACAUAAUGGACUGCUUCAUUACAGCUCUAAAGAGGCUAUAAUCCUCAGUUCUAUCAUGAAGUCUGUGAUGGCCUUCAAAAAGUCAGAGACCAAAAUUAUACACGACAUUUUAUUUCUAUCUGUGUUUCCUAAGAAGUCCAUACUAAAAUAUUCAUUGCUUUCCUCAGAUUUAAAAGCCUCAGAUGCUAGGCAUGGUUGUGCAUGCAUGCAAUACCAGACACUUGGGAGGCUGAGGAGGAAGGAUCACAAGUUCGAGGCCAGCCUAAGUAGCUUAGCAAGACUCUGUCUCAAAGGCUGGGGAUGUGGUGCGGCUCCGUAGUAGAGCACCUGUGUAAGUACACACAAGGUUUCUGGGUUCAAUCCUUACUACAGGAUCAGGGGUUGGGUUCUGGUGGGCCAUAAGAUUAAGAAGACUCCAGUGUUUCUUGCUGGAGUUGCCGCUGACACUUGGAGGAAGAAGUCUGUUAUUGUGUAGGAUGUCGAAUGUCUCUGGCCUAUACCCUUAAAUGCCUACAUCAGCUUCAAGUUAUGCAAAUCAGCCCCUCUUUCAGAGUACCAUGCACUGAUAGUGGAGAACCUAGAUGAGAUUAGAAGUCUAGACUGCAUGUUCUCUUCCUGUUUUACUUUUCUUCUUCCUCUGGCAGAGAGUAAUACUUCUUUAUUUUUGACACUCAAUUUCCAGUGAUUUGUCUAUCAAGGAAUACCAUACUUUCCCUGGGGGUGUUUUCAAGUUUUCUGUCAUAUUUUAGUGAUUAGAGUGAAGGACCAAACAGAAGUAUUUUGGGCACUGAACUUCAUUAUGGGAUUUUGGUGACUGUCACUGCAACACAGUAUGCCCCUGCACCUUUUCCACAUUUUCUUGAUAUCUUCUGCUCUGGAACCAGCUCACCUAUUGAAGAUCUUUCCUUAUGUGAAAUUCAGUGUUUUACUGUGAGGUAGGAUGUGCAAAAGGGCAACUCUUGAGAUUCCUAAUCCUGAGGGUAGCCUUCUUAGAUUCUCCUUCUAGAAUUGCUGUUUAUUUAAUUUAUUGAUAGUGGGGAAUUGAACCCAGGCCCUUUUCUCUGGGCUACAUCCCCAAUCCUUUGUAAAAAUUUAAAUUUUGACAUGUUGUCACUAAGUAGCUAAGUAGGCUCAGGUCUAGCUUUCCAUCUUCCUCUCUCAGCCUUCCACAAUGCUGAGAUUUCAGGCGCGAAGCACCAAACAGUUUAGUUUUAUCAAUUCUGGAAGGAAAAACAUCACUUCUGAGAGUUAGUCUGCAAAGCAUAUCUUCAAGCUCGAAUACAAAAAAAGAGUAGCUUCAGGAUCGAUGUCUAACGAGCUGCUUUAAAAAAAAACACACACACAUUACAAAUCACUUUCUUUUAGAUUUGACUUUACAACACCUUCUAAAACAGGUUUCUCAACCUCUUCUUUUCUAGAUGGAGAAAUCGAGGCUUCUAGGAAUCAAGGGACAGACCCACGAUUGCACAGUGCUUCUUAGAAGGACUCAGACUUCACCUCUGAAUUUUAUUAGUUCAAAUGCCGUCUUUCGACUUUCUACUGCCUCCUAGAUGCCUCAGGUCACUUCUCAUAAAAGACACCUGCUAGAACUUACCAGAGGCUCGGACUGACAGGACAAAAGCGCUGAAGCUCAAUCGUCUGUGGCUUCCCGAGUUCUGGGAAGCCCAGACGGGGUUGACAAACUCUUGAAAUGUUAGGGCAAUCUCAUUUAAACUCCCAGCCAACUGAGAAAUUGAAAGCAGACAGCGACGACGCCCGUUCUGUAACUUGGUGCAUUUUUAAAUUAACCGAAUCUUUCGAGUGCUGCUUUAGAUUAGAGGUGGUUAAUUGGAAAGAGCCGCUCAGUUGAUGAAUAGUACUAUAAACGUCCAGUCUGGGUUGGUUCCGGAAGAGGAUCGCACAAGACAGCUUCUUCAAUCCUGUUUUCAUUACAGUGUGUGAAGGAAAGUUCCAACACUCUUUUCCAACCCGUUGACGAGUUGAUACGUCUCAGCCCAGGAAAAUACAAUCGCUGAUAGGAUGUUUUUUAAAGACCGGCUUCAAUACUAAAACUUUCUAGUGCCAAAACUCUUCCCUAUUUUAUUUUUAAAAGAAGGACCUGGCGUGCCCUCGCAAAUGUCUGAGCUGGAGGAGGCGGGUUGACCGCGGGACAGCGGGCUGAGUCCGUUCUUAUUAAUAUUAAAUAGCCACGUCUGUACCCUAGAAGCAAGUGGGGAGAGAGGAGGGAGAGGAGCUGCUGACAUUGACAAUGAAUCCGAACAGGAGUUGCACUAGCGGUGUCCACCACGUUGCUGCUCCGUCGCCUAGCCUUCUGGGAGCUGUAGUUUUUCUCGGGAGCUGCUCCCCUGGAGAGCCGGGGCGCCUGGCCAGGACGGAACUACAACUCCCAGCCAGCGCUGGGGCUCGGCCCCUCCCGCACGGGUACGAGUGUAAACUCACCGCGCGGGGGCGGGCGGCAGCGCGCGGGCCGGCGGGUUGGGCACUGAGCGGGGGCGCACUCCUGUGGGGGACCCAGGCCCGGCCACCUUCCUCGCGUCCCCGCUUUCUCUUCUCACUUUUGAGCAGCGGAAGUCCGGGAAGCCACAGCCAUGCAGUCGGAAUCGGGGAUCGUGCCGGAUUUCGAAGUCGGGGAGGAGUUUCACGAAGAGCCCAAAACCUAUUACGAACUCAAAAGUCAACCUCUCAAGAGCAGCAGUUCCGCGGAGCAUCCUGGGGCCUCCAAGCCUCCGAUAAGCUCCUCCAGUAUGACAUCACGCAUCUUGCUACGCCAGCAACUCAUGCGUGAGCAGAUGCAGGAGCAGGAGCGCAGAGAGCAGCAGCAGAAGCUGCAGGCAGCCCAGUUCAUGCAACAGAGAGUGCCCGUGAGUCAGACACCAGCCAUAAACGUCAGUGUGCCCACCACCCUUCCCUCUGCCACCCAGGUGCCGAUGGAAGUCCUUAAGGUGCAGACCCACCUUGAAAACCCCACCAAGUACCACAUACAGCAAGCCCAAAGGCAGCAGGUAAAGCAGUACCUUUCUACCACUUUAGCAAAUAAACAUGCCAACCAAGUCCUGAGCUUGCCAUGUCCAAACCAGCCUGGCGAUCAUGUCAUGCCACCGGUGCCGGGGAGCAGCGCACCCAACAGCCCCAUGGCUAUGCUCACACUUAACUCCAACUGUGAUAAAGAGGGAUUUUAUAAAUUUGAAGAGCAAAACAGGGCGGAGAGCGAGUGCCCAAGUAUGAAUACCCAUUCACGAGCGUCCUGUAUGCAGAUGGAUGAUGUAAUUGAUGACAUCAUUAGCCUGGAAUCAAGCUAUAAUGAAGAAAUCCUGGGCUUGAUGGACCCCGCCUUGCAGAUGGCAAACACGUUACCCGUCUCUGGAAACUUGAUUGACCUUUACAGCAACCAAGGCCUGCCGCCCCCAGGCCUCACCAUCAGCAACUCGUGCCCCGCCAACCUGCCCAACAUAAAAAGGGAGCUCACAGCGUGUAUUUUCCCCACAGAGUCAGAAGCGCGAGCCCUGGCCAAGGAGAGGCAGAAGAAGGACAACCACAACCUCAUUGAACGAAGAAGAAGAUUUAACAUAAAUGACCGCAUUAAAGAACUAGGUACUUUGAUUCCCAAGUCAAAUGAUCCUGACAUGCGUUGGAACAAAGGAACCAUUUUAAAGGCAUCCGUGGACUAUAUCCGGAAGUUGCAACGGGAGCAGCAACGUGCAAAAGAACUUGAAAACCGACAGAAGAAACUGGAGCAUGCCAACCGGCACCUGCUGCUCAGAAUACAGGAGCUAGAAAUGCAGGCUCGAGCUCACGGACUUUCCCUUCUUCCAUCCACGGGUCUCUGCUCUCCAGAUUUGGUGAAUCGGAUCAUCAAGCAAGAACCGGUUCUCGAGAACUGCAGUCAAGACAUUCUGCAGCACCACCCAGAGCUGAGCUGCACGACCACGCUGGAUCUCACCGAUGGCACCAUCAGCUUCAACAGCAGCCUGGGGCCGGGGGCCGAGAGCAGUCCUGCCUACAGCCUCCCCACGAAAAUGGCGUCCAAACUGGAAGACAUCCUCAUGGAUGAUACUCUCUCUCCUGUUGGUGUGACUGACCCACUGCUGUCAUCUGUGUCCCCGGGAGCCUCCAAAGCCAGCAGCCGGAGGAGCAGCAUGAGCAUGGAGGAGACGGAGCACGCUUGUUAGCGAGGCCUCCCCACCCCAGCCGCGCGAGCUGCUUCCGGUCUUGAUUAGUAGACUUAAUAGUUCACCUGAAGGGGUUUUCUUGAUAAUUUUCCUUCCUUACUAUGAAUUUUUUUCAUGCUUUAUCAAUAGCCCAGGAUAUAUUUUAUUUUUAGAAUUUUGUGAAACAGACUUGUAUAUUCUAUUUUACAACUACAAACGCCUCCAAAGUAUUGUACAAUAAGUGUGCAGUAUCUGUGAACUGAGUUCGCCUCCGGCAUGAGCUUUCUGAGCAAGUGGAUUUUGCAUCAGAGAAGUGUCUGUCCAUUUUUAUUCAGGGGAAAACUUGAUUUGAGAUUUUUAUGCCUGUGACUUCCUUAGAAAUUAAAUGUAAAGAAGUAAAAGAAUGUAAAGCAACCAAAAAACAAAAAGAAAGAAACCUUCAUACUAACCCUUUUCCGUUUUAUAAAUGUAUCGAUUCAUUGGUACUGCCUUACCGUGCAGUACCUUUCUAGUCAUGUUUAGUCUUUAUACUGCAAACUGUUGAAAGAACUGGUAUAGUCUGUAAAGACAAAGAAAAAAGCAGUCGUUUUAAGGAUGAUUAUCUGGUUAGAGGAUGUAACUGACACCAACCAGAGCUGAGAGGAGUCAGGCCGUAGCUCUAAAACGGAGUUGAUCUCGCUGCCUUUCACUGUCUGCAGUUGGUUUUCUUCAUUAAUGAAUUAAUGAGUGUGAUUUAAUUUUUAAUAAGAUAUAUUUUCUUUUGAAAUGGAAAUGAAUGUCCUCUCACAGUAAAAUACUGAGGAGCAGUGAAAGUUUUACUUUUUUCCCCCCGCUCAUUUUUGCUUUUGAUAAGACAACCAAACUGGGCACAUUUCUAUUUGGCUUUACUAUUUUUAUUUUUAAAUUAUGUUUUAGUCAUUUGAUUUAUAUGGACUUUUAUUAUCACCAUUCUUUUCAGUGUUUGUAUUAAUUUCUAAGAAUAUGCAUCUUAAAAUUGCAAGUUUUCAAUAUUUUUACAACUCACUGGUGGUUUUCUGCAUUCUUUUUACACCCAUGAGAGAAAACUUUUUUUGCAAGGUCUUGUGUUUAAAGAGAGCUUUGAAAAUAUUUUGUAUGUUACAGUCUCACUCAGAACUGUUUUUCAGCACAUUUAAGGUAUAGUAUUAAUAGGUUCAACCCUGGCUUUCUAGAAAGAAUAAACUUACGUAUUUAUUUUUAGGAUAUAAAAAAUAGCAAUAUUCUUGGAAACUGAUAACCAUAGUAUUACUAUGCCCAUGAUGGUCAUUAAAAUUGGGGUUUAUUUCAGCAAACUCACUGGAUUUUUUUAAAGAAAAAAAAUUACUGGAUUGGCAAAUUACUGUUACCUGAUAACAGCAUUUUAACAAGCAGCAGUGUUGUAUAGUUUCAGUGCAUUAUCUAUUUGCGUAGCCCUAUGCAAUAACAGUAGUGUUAAUAUGUAUCAAGUCUAGGUGUUUUAUACAGAUGAUAUAUAGUGUUACAAGCCAGGCUGGGGAAUGGAAUUUCUCAGUAGCAGCCUACAAUUGAAUAGCGAGUGGCAUAAAGCAUAUCCAUUCAGAAUGAAGUGCCUUAAACAUAGCAGUAGUCUUUUUUGGACUAGCACUGACUGAACUGUAAUGUAGGAGAGAGUUUCAAGAUGGUAUCUCUAGUCGACAGGAACAUGUAGCAUGGUGCCUAUGUAGACCAUAUAAGAGCUUCACAUUUUCCUUCACAUAUUUUUAAUAUGAAAUAUAUUUUAGUGACAGAGUGCCAACUUCUUUCAUCAGGAAACCUUAUUCAGAAGGGUUUUUUUUAAAGUGUUUAAAUUUCAAAUGUGAAUCGGCGAUGGGUGAUGGAGGGAUCAGAGAGGAGUGAUUGUCAGCUGUGUGAAUGGAUGGCUUCAGUGGAAAUAAUCAACCUGCGUCGUCCCCAGGCGCGUCGGGCAAUGCGAAUCCUUGGAAACACUGAUGAUUCUAUCACUUUUAUAGCUUUAUUACUUAAGGGGGUGGGGAAGACUCGUUCCCAUUCUUUCAGCCCUCUUAAUUGUAUAGCUCUUUUCCUAGAAUAGUGAUGCAAAUCUGCAUGAACAGCAAAUUGUACCGUAGUGUUCAUGGAUACAAUCAUAGCCUUGUCUAUUUUUCUCUUCGUAUUUAUAUGGGGGGAGGGGGCUGGGUGUGAUAGUGGAAGAUUGCGACGCUAUGAUGCCAGUUUUUCUUAGCUGAUUUUGAGGGAUUUUAACAAUAGACCAAAGUGGACUGACCACAGCCGAAGGACUACAGCUGUGGCGAAGCAGCCUUCUGGAAAGCUUUGUUGAGUGAGUGUAUGGCAUCUCAUACCACUGCCUAACUCCUGCAACUCCUGAGCUUGCCAUGCCCUGCUUCCCUGUCUCCUUCUUCAGACACAGUUGCUGGGAGUGGUGGGUGAGCACGUUCAGGAGAACGCUGCAGCCUUGAGGGGUGGUUUUAUUUCUUUCUUUUUUGCCAGACAGUAUGUGGAUUCACCUUAGGGACUCUUUAAGCCAAGAGGCAGUGUUCGGGGCUGGCUGUUUUUGACAAAAGAAUGAUCCGCACCACUCCCCCCAUCCCUGGGUGCAGAAUUGUGACUCAGGCUUGGGCCUCCAUUUGGAGUGACCAAAAUACCAAAAUUGUCCACCUGCCUCUAGGUAAGACAAUGGACAUACCAAACCUUCUGACUUUGCCAAAAACUGUACGAUCAGCCUGGUCGUACAUGAAGGAUGACAAAGUUCUUUCUGGUUGUUUUUAAACAAUAAAGCAAUAAGAACAAAUAUACUACAUAGGAUAUUAAAAGAUAUAAAAUAAAGCACAAAAGAAUGCACUUAGUAAUAUUUUUGAAGAAUGCACUGGGGAAAAGUUGAUGUUGACAACAGUAUAAAAACCCUAUUUCUUGAUAAAAUGACAAAUGACUGUCUCUUGUGGACGCUUGGUACUGUAAUGUUAAUAAGAGUCACCUGCUGUUGGAUGCAGCAGUAAUUUCUGUAUGGUCCGGAGCACUGUAUACUGUGGAUUGAUAUUAAUGUAUCCAAUGAAAUAAUUGAACUGUUGUUCUUGGUAGCUUCAUUAAAGCAUUUGGUUUUUCACAUA